AUGUCAGAUCGAGAAAUGUCCUUUGUGGGCCAAUGGUCGCUCGUCUUGUUGCCAAAGAUGCGAUUCCAGUGUGGGUUCGAAACUUCAGUCACGGACUUGCCAGGGGUAGGAUUUGCGCUCAUGUGUAAUUCCUGCGGACUGUGGCCCCGGGCCACGACGAGUGCCUCACAGGCUCACGACCAGCGCCCGGGAUAUCUGUGGUGA